AUGGCUGGACGGCUGUUCGAUGCUGUGACUGGGACUCGCUUUGCUGAAGUCAAAUUGCUGUUAGAUCUUCACGUUAACGUGGACUGUAAGAAUAUACUGGGGCAGACACCGCUGUUCGUCACGCUGCAAAUCGACGAUGAAGGGAAACGAGAUAAAAUGUUCCGGUACCUAGUGAGGAGGGGUGCCGAGGUCUUGGAGGAAGAUUACCGACAGAAAACGCUUUUCCAGUACACAUGUGAACUUGGAAGGGUGAAACAAGCGACACGGAUACUAGAUCAGGUAGGGGCAGGUAGUGUUAAUUUAAACGGCCGUGACUUGGACGGCAACACGGCGUUACUGUACGCAGUCAAGUCGAAAAACAUUGAGAUUGUGAAAAUGUUGGUAGAGAUGCUACGUUUUUACCACAUGACUGUGGACUUGGUGGACAAUGACGGCUGUACACCUCUGAUACACGCCAAGAAAUUGGGUCUAUCAGAAAUCAGUGACAUACUAUUGCGGGACGGGCGAGCCAAUGCCCACAUCGCCGAUAAUAUUAGCCGCUUUAACGCCUACGAAUGGGAAGAACAUACAAAGGAACGACUAAAACGGGAAGCACGCGACGAAAAAGAAAAACAAAAAGUUCAAAACCUAAUAUUUCCAAAAGUUGGCCAGGUUCAGGCGAAGAAGAAACAAAUUUUAGAUCUGAUGGUAUGA